AUGGUCGUCCUCAGCAAAGCUACCGCCGUGAUGAUCGGCCUUUCCACCGCUGCAUCGGCUAUGCCAUUUGCUGAGCCUCGCAAGGGCUUCACGGUCAACCAGCUCGCCAAGGCAGGAAACAAGACGAGAAGCAUCAACCUUCCCGGAGUGUACGCCAAUGCUCUGAACAAGUACGGUGGUACCGUCCCUCAGAGCGUCAAGGACGCCGCCUCCAAGGGCAGCGCUGUCACCACUCCCGAGGACAAUGACGCGGAGUACCUGACUCCCGUCAAGGUCGGUGGCACGACCCUUCACUUGGACUUUGACACUGGCUCUGCCGAUCUCUGGGUAUUCUCCUCUGAGCUGCCCUCAAGUGAGCAGAGCGGACACAGCAUCUACAAGCCUAGCAGCAGUGGCUCUAAGCUUAGUGGAGCUAGCUGGCAAAUCUCGUACGGCGACGGCAGCUCUGCCAGCGGCGAUGUCUACAAGGACACCGUCACUGUUGGUGGCGUCACUGCCCAAAAGCAGGCUGUCGAGGCUGCUAGCCGGAUCAGCCAGCAGUUCACCCAGGACAGCAACAAUGACGGUCUCCUGGGUCUGGCAUUCAGCUCUAUCAACACUGUCUCGCCUAAGCCCCAGACUACCUUCUUUGACACCGUCAAGUCUGACCUGGACUCGCCUCUCUUCGCGGUGACUUUGAAGCACCAGGCUCCUGGUACCUACGACUUUGGAUUCAUCGACAAGUCUAAGUACACUGGAUCUCUCCAGUAUGCCGACGUCGACAACUCCCAGGGUUUCUGGCAGUUCACCGCCGACGGCUACUCCAUUGGUGAUAAAGACUCUUCUUCCAGCCCUAUCACCGGUAUUGCCGACACUGGCACCACCCUUCUCCUGCUCCCCGAUGAGGUCGUCUCCGACUACUACAAGAACGUCCCCUCAGCCAAGAACAGCGAGGAGGUCGGCGGUUACGUCUACCCCUGCUCUACUUCCCUUCCUGACUUCACCACCGUCAUUGGCGACUACAAGGCCGUCACCUCUGGCAAGCUGAUCAACUACGCCCCCAUCAGCGAUGGCAGCUCGACCUGCUACGGUGGUAUCCAGAGCAACUCGGGUCUCGGCUUCUCCAUCUUCGGUGACAUCUUCCUCAAGAGCCAGUAUGUCGUUUUCGACUCCGAGGGUCCUAAGCUUGGAUUCGCUGCUCAGGCUUAG